AUGAGCAUGAAUCUAACUAGUAUCGAUCCUCAAAUUAGAUCAGUUAUUCUUCCAUUCAAGAAUAAAAUUCUAGAUUCGCUUGCAGAUAGGGUCGGUCCUGAUUUUGAAGAACUUUCGUUGGUUACAAAGGUGGUAGAGACCGUAGGACCUCUCAUACAUGACAAGAAUUACCAUUUCUUCUGCGAUCCUGAUUUAGGUCCUGUUAUCAGUUUCCUGGUCAUAAUUUUCUCCGUUCCACGGGAACAGCAGGCGAUCCAGUGGUACUGUGAUAAGUUUUCUCCAAUUUUAGCAUCGUGUCCAAACUGUUCCCAGGCAUUCUUUUCUUAUAAGAAUCAGAUCAUUCAACGUUAUAUCGUGAACAAAGGCAUUGCGUACUCUAACAUCGAUGGGUUUGAUCUAAUGAUCUGCAGAUGGAGAUCGGAUACUUUAAUUAAAAGAUUGGGAUCUAUCAAAUCUAAAGAUCUUUCUAAUGAACAAAAAAUUGCAUUCACGGAAUGCUUCUGGUAUCCAAGAGUAUUGAAACAUUCCCAAAGUUUGAAGGUGUUGUUCAACAAUGCAUUCGAUAUAUUGGUACGGGAAAAAUCACCAUUAUUAGAGUAUUCCUCGGAUAAUUCUCUAUCAGCAUUAACGGCAGGCUCUGUCUUUAUGUUGAUGGAAGGAACUCCAGCUCAGAUAUCAUGGGCACUGGGGCUAUUAGAUUGGCUAUACGAACGAAAUUAUAAAAUUACUGUUGAAAAUCUUCCUCUGGGAGCUCUACAGGAAGUAAACACACAUUAUAUUUACUUGAUCAGUAAGCAAUUUGGCAAGGAUCAACAACACAACAUCAACUCCCUAAACUCCAUGGCAAUUGCAUGGAUUAGAUUGACGGCUCUUUUCAGCUUAAUGACGAAGGAAGUUUUAGAGCUUCACUUUCUAGUACCAAAAUUCACCCGAAGUUUGAAAAACGCAGGAACAAUGGAUGUUCCUUCAAUCAUUCAUUUGUGGUAUAAUUGGUUCUCCGUUCCUGAUCCUGCUAGACCGUUGGAUGUUAUGUUGAAAGUACUAAGCCUUUUUUUAGAGAAAUUUGGCCAGGAUUUUUGGUUAUACUUGAAACCAUUUAAUUUCCACACAUUAUUGGACCUUAUAUUUGCUCAGGGUACUUUUGCUAACACGUUAUUGAGGAAACAAGAUUUUCCUAUCUUACGUGAUGGCAAAGAAACAUGGCUUUCCUUAACUGGGUCAAUUUCUGACUUAAUAACAUGGUGCAUACCGUUUUACAAUUCAUUAUCUUCUGCCAAAAAGAUGCAAAUGGUGAAGAAGAUAUCUACUGGAUUUCUUAUGACAAUAUGUGAAUGUAACAAGAUGUUACAAACGCUACCGAAGCUUCUUUUGAUGAGUUAUUCUUUACAGUUAUUGAAUAACGUGUUGGAAAUAGAUGACAAGAAGAGAGCAUUGUUGUAUACGAACUCGGACCUUCAAAAUGAGCUCCUCACUGUGGCUGACUGCAGGAAGGUUGUGAACCACCUGAAGAUAUCACAACUACUAUGCGAUACUGUCCAGGCUCCCGACAAAGUUUUUCCUGGCAUGCAGGUAGAUGCCUUGUCACUCAAUGCUAUGAAAGUCUUAUCUCAUUGUAUCGAAUAUGAUAUCUUAAAUUUAUGUGAAACCACCUUCAAAUUGUACACUGGAGGAUCUGUCAAUAAACACCACAUAUUAGAUCUCGAUAUGAAGCGGUUUUUUUUAAAUCCUUUGGUCCACAGUUUGAAUUUAAUGUCACUGGGAUCAAAUGGACCUAAACAUGUCCUACAUAUAAUGACAGCAUUGACUAACGCCAACGGAUUAAUGAUAUUAAAUGUUAAAGGAUUAGAAGCAGAAAACCAGAACAAAAUUACAAGUGGAUACAUCAACAUUAUCCGCCAACUAGUUAUGAAAUGUUCUGAGCUUCCGUCUGAAAAAUUAAUUGGAGUUCUUGCGAACAGGAAAGCCGCCCAUGGGCUAUGGUCCUGUCUCUUUUCCUCAGAUACAGACUUGUAUCAAGAAACAACUAACAUCCUUUAUGAGGUCUUCAACGUCGAAGGGCGUCUGGAAGGUUUGCAUGAACUUUUUAAAAGUAAUUUAUCGACGAGCUUGCAUUGUAUAUCCAUCGUUUUGAGACAGUUAACGAAAACAAAAUUUUUUGAACCAUGCCCUAGAGCUAUAAGAGUUAUGAUGGACGUUCUCUCACUCUUCAAUGAGCCAGUCACCGGUAUUUUUUCUGAUUUUGAGAAGUUUAAAGAUUCAGAUUCAAAUGAUGAACUAUUCAGUUUUUGGCGUUCUUCAUGGACAUUUUUGGAUAUGAUUUAUCUAGAAACCAUUCAAUGGACCUCAAGGUAUUCAAAUGUGGUAUUGGAGAAUUUCACAAGAGAUGUGCUAGAGGUUAGCAAUAUGCUAAUGGGUUCUUAUAGGGAGUUCUCCGAUGUUUUAGUCAAGGGAAAUAUAACUGAAGAUGAUCUUUUCAAAUUCCCAAUGAGCCCAUUCAAAAAUAUGCUUUACUGGUUGAGGUUGAAUGAUGAACAGCUUCUUGCCUCUUGUGUCAUGUUAAUAGUAUCAGCUUCUGAUCUUGCGAAGGAGAAACAAUUUCGAUUUGAUGAAAUGCUAGUGUUGGAUAUGGCAAGAUAUGCUUCAAAAGCUCGAAAAUAUCCAAACAAACUUUCAGCGGCUCAGAGCCAAGAGCUUCUUGAAAGAUCCCGUUACUUCAACAAAGCCUUGACAAACGAAGUUGUUAAAGAAUCUGAAAAGUAUCACUUAGAAAAAGCAUUACUGAAAAAGGGUACUAAACCUUCUGGAUCCUUACAGGAAUCAAAAGCUACCAUCUCUACUGUUCAGCAGCAACCGAAUAAACCAUCCAUGACUUCUGGCCAGCGUGCUGAUUCAAUGUUGAAAAAGGCAAAUAUAGGUUCAUCGCUUCUUUCUCGUCCUAAGGGUCAGUCAACCCUUUCAUCAUAUGGUUUCUUCAAACCAGGUGGUACGCCAACUGUUAGUGCGCCUGCUCCCAAGCCCUUAUCUAGAUUUGAACUGGAAAGGAAAAAGCUUAUUGAAAAGCGUGUAAUUCAUCCUGCUCAAAGUCAAGUUUUCAAUACAAGACCAACAUUGCAACCGAAGAAAGAGGAUAGCAGUAGCGAGGAUGAAAGUGACUUCGAAAAUGCUGCCGAGCUCUUCGCUGUUGCGAAAUCUAAAGCUAAAGCUUUUUCACCAGGUCUGCUUGACAUCAACGGUAAAGAAAUCAAAAAGUCAAUGACCCCAACUGAUUUACGUCGCUUAGAAGAAGAGAAUAUGAGGCAAAGAUUAAAUGUUGAUUUGGCCCCAUUCUACGAGAAAGUUUUGAAAUGGGACUACAAAAGAACCAGUGAGUACCCAACCGAUACAGAAACAUCCUACUCUGACGUGAAGGACUCAUUUUCAUCGGUCUCUGAUUAUCAAAAAGUCAUGGAACCGCUUUUGCUGCUAGAAUGUUGGCAGGGAUUGUGCUCAGCUCGAGACAGGGAAGAACAGAAAAGCUUUAGUUUCAUUGUAGGAAAUAGGACGGUUGUUUCUGACUUUUACGAGGUAUAUGCAUCAAUCAACAAAAAUGUUGUUCGUGACACAGGUAUCAAUGACUCGGAUUUAAUUGUUCUUGGCUAUUUCCCCGACUCUUCUUCUUCAAAGCCAUUGACAGAUAAAGAAUUCAAACGAUCAAAUCACACUUGUUUAGCCAAAAUUAAAGAGAUAAAGAACUCGAAAGGUGAAAAUAUGGACCUUACAUUCAGGAUUCAUCGCAGUCAUAAAUUCUCAAAUCUUUUAACUUUACGUUCUGAAAUUCAUGCUUUGAAAGUCAUGCAAAUGACCACAGUCGAAAGAGAAUACACAUCUUUAAAAGGUUUGCCCUAUUAUGAUCUCUUAAAACAAAUACUCAAAGCUCAACCAUCCGUUCCAGAGAAUAUUAGUAGCACUGAAGUUAAUAGAAUCAAAGCAAACUUCCACCUAAAUACAUCCCAGGCAACAGCAAUUUUGAGUACGGUAACUACCCAAGGUUUUUCACUAAUUCAAGGCCCUCCCGGUACUGGUAAAACCAAAACUAUCUUGAGUAUUGUCGGAUACUUCAUUUCAAAAGCGAAUACAAACUCUAAAAAUACCGUAACACAUACCAUUAUCACGCCAACUAAUACAACAUCAACAGAACAAUUGUUGGAAAGGCAGAAAGUAUUAAUCUGUGCACCUAGUAACGCUGCUGUUGAUGAGUUGGUCUUGAGAUUACGAGAGGGUGUUUUGGAUUAUUCUGGAAACACUUUCCGACCGGAGAUUGUUCGUAUCGGUAGGAGCGAUGCUGUAAAUGAAUCCGUCAAGGACUUAACCCUUGAAGAAAAAGUUGACAAAAAGCUAGGCGGUAGUGAUUAUGAGAUGGUCCAAGAUUCUGCAUUAAAUCAGAAAUUUCAAGACGCUCUACAGAAGCGUAAAAUGCUGCAAGCUAAGUUAAAUAAAGAAGACGGUAACCCAAAUAGUUCUUUGUCAUCUAAUGAAAUUGCAGACAUUCAAAUGGAAAUUAGAGAUCUGAGAAGGCUCAUCAGCGAAAUGGGUAAACAGAAAGAUGAAAUUAGAGAGUCCAAUUCUCUAAAGUACAGAAACAGGGAGCAAAAUAGAAGAAAGGCUCAGGCACGUAUCUUGGCUGAAUCAGAUAUUAUAUGCUCUACAUUAUCUGGGUCUGCUCAUGAUGUCUUAGCAUCCCUAGGUGUCAAGUUUGAUACUAUCAUUAUCGAUGAAGCCUGUCAAUGUACGGAGCUUUCUAGUAUCAUUCCAUUGAGAUACGGUGGUAAACGCUGUAUCAUGGUUGGUGAUCCUAAUCAAUUACCUCCGACAGUCCUAUCUGGUGCUGCUAGUGACAUGAAAUACAAUCAAUCCUUGUUUGUAAGGAUGCAGAAAAACUGCAGUCCUUAUUUGUUAGAUGUUCAGUAUCGUAUGCACCCUGCUAUCAGUAAAUUCCCCUCAUUAGAGUUCUACAAAGGUAAGUUACAGGACGGAAGUAGUGUUCAAGAAGUUAAUACAAGAGAUUGGCAUAAGAAAUAUCCGUUUGGUCCGUACAAAUUUUUUGACAUCGUUACUGGUAAACAAAAGCAAAAUACUAAAACAAUGUCCUAUACCAAUCCUGAAGAAACAAAGGUAGCCAUUGAGCUUGUUGAAAACCUUUUAGCUACUUAUGAAUCAAAAUAUGAUUUUACAAAUAGAAUUGGUAUCAUAUCUCCUUAUCGUGAGCAGAUGCAAAACAUGAGGAAUCAAUUUAGGCGCUACUUCGGAGAUCAAAUCCGUUCGUACAUCGAUUUUAACACCAUCGAUGGUUUCCAAGGGCAAGAAAAAGAUAUCAUCAUUAUUUCAUGUGUUCGUGCUGAUGACAAUAGUACAAGUGUUGGUUUCUUGAAAGAUUUUAGACGUAUGAAUGUUGCAUUAACCAGAGCCAAAUGUAGUCUAUGGAUUCUAGGGCAUCAUAAAUCGCUAGUCAAUAACAAAUUGUGGAAGCAUCUAAUUUCGGAUGCCAAAGAAAGAAACUGUCUCGAAUUGGCGUGUCCCGGUUUUUUGAAUCCAAGCGAUAGAUACGCUCAAGAUACAAUUGAGCGUUUCAAAGGAUCCCACGAUUAUAUUGCCAAUUUGGAUACUUAUAACCCAUAUGAUAGCUUUAACUCAUCUAGAGGCCAUAAAAAUGUGAACAAACGAGAUGGAGACUCUUCUUCCGCACAUCAUUCAAAAAAGAAGUUUAAACCAGAUAAUUUAAAGGAACAAAACAUAGUUUCCAACGAUUCUGGUGCAAAUCGUCCUGAAGGAGAAAAAGGUUCUACUAUAAAAUCGUCUCGGACAGGUACAAAAAAGAAAUCAUCUAUUUUUGGCACAUCCUCAUCCACUCUAGGCAUUGCAACUGGAGGCAAAGUGCACAUUCCAGUAAUUGCUGGUGAUAAUUCAAAGAAUAUUAGCAGGGAUGAUGCAAAAAAUUCGACCGGCAAAAGAUCUUGA